GUGACCAGUUCCUUUGAGUCUAUAUAAAGGAGAGCUGAGCUGGACUGAUCCAUUUUCCGAGCAGAUAUUUCGACAGUAAUUUGAGAAAGAAGGCUACAACUUUAAGCAAUGAUGAUGCACGAGAGAACUCCUACUGUUUUUCCUACGGGGUCUAGAGUAAAGAGGGCCUCGGAAUCUUCUGAUGGAGGCUCUCCACGGCGGAGUAGUGAGGUGAGAAAAAUGUCUGCUACCAGCAGUAGCGGGAACACACCGUCUAAGACUGAUGUUGGGAAAAGAGUAAAGUUUACUGGGCAGAUGGACAAGAAGGAGAAACACGGGACACUGAGAUAUAUUGGCAGUCCAGAGUUUGCUCCAGGCAUAUGGUGUGGAGUAGAGCUUGAUGAUCCCCAAGGUCGUAACAAUGGCUCUGUUCAAGGAAUACGUUACUUUUCCUGUGCUGCUAAUUAUGGGCUAUUCGUUCCACUUGGGCGUGUUGAAUUAGACCACACCCCCAGGCCAGCUAAGGUUCCUCGUCAGAUUCCAGAUAGGACAAAGAAGAUCAAAGCACUCAUGAAUAAGAGCAGCAAAGGGAAGGAGGAUCCAUUCUUUUAUCACACGUUUUCUGGUGUCCCUCGUGCUUCCUCUAUUCCUUCUCUUAACAUGAUUGAGUCAUCUGGUCGCUCAUCAACUUUGAAAUCCUCUAAUAGACAGGCCGACUGGUCUCCGUGGCAACAGGAUAGCUCCGCCCACAAGUUUACCGACAUACCAGGUAUUAGGAUAAAUGAUUCUCUCUCCUCCUCCUCCUCCUCAUCUUCUCUUCUUAACAAACGGUUCAUAUCUGAAGCUAACUUAUCUCGAAAGUCUAAAAGCACCAGUGGAGAGUCUCCACUAAUAUCAAUCACUAACACGCCAUCUCCUCAAAGAAUCUUCCGGAAAACUUUAGGUAGUUUAUCAAACGAGACUGACAUUGGCUCCUCCUCAAUUGGCUCCAGUUUAAGAGGGUCGACCAGCUGUAAUGACCUGAAUCAGAUCAGUAACAGCCCGAGCCCUAGAAGAGGUGUCAGUCAUUCUGUGCCAUGCACUCCGUAUGACUCUGAAGACUGCUACAGCAGCGCUUCAGAUCUAUCACGUCACAAUAGCAUAUCCUCUGAUUCUGAUCCAACCCCUCACUCGUCCUCAGCUAGUCCUGAGUAUAAUGAGAAUGCUUUCAUCUUGAGUCCAACUCAUUCUACUUCAAUAAAGCUUCUCUCUUCUCCCGAAUCCAGUCCCGCCCGUAGGAUCAAAUCCCCCGGUCUUUCUACUCUUGCCUCAAACCUGAUUGAGGUUUCUCGGUCUAACGGAGCUGGAGAAUAUCGGGGACCUUCCCCCGAGGGGCCAGGGAGCCAGAAAAAGUUUCAGAACACUCAUGGGGGUGGGCGUACUUUAGAACACCCCCUGGUGAAUGGAUGCAGUGCUUUGAAGACUAGAGACAGUGAUGAAGAGAAGCAAACUGAAGGCACCAUUAGUCGUCAUAGCAAUACAAGAAGUCCUGAUGAAAUAUUCAAUCAGUUGGAAUCGUGUUUACGUCAACAAAGUCUGACUGAUUCUCGUGUCAAAAGUCUCGAAGUGUCUUUAAACUCAUUUAAAUCGACUCUACUCUCAGCAAUGAAAGAAGUUGAGGAAUCCUUUCAUAAACAGGUUGAAGAAUUGAAGUCAUUUCAUAAGAAGGAGGUUCAUGAGUUACAGUCAAGACAUGAUAAGGAGCUAAUGGAGAUGCAUUCAAGUUACCAGUCAGCCAUUGAAAAGUUAAGACAAGAGAUUUCUCACAAAAGGAGUUAAUAGAGAAGUACUAAUACUAGUCUCAUUAGAUCAUUAUCAUUAUUAUUAUUGUGGUAUAUUGUUUUAUUUAUCUUUUUAUAACUUUUCUCUCUGUUUGAUAUAAGAACUGCAGAUUAUAGACAUAUAAUUCUUGUACUUUGUGUUCAUUAUUAUUAUUGGUAAAUGUUAAAAUAACUC